UUUUGCAGCUACAAAUUCAGACAAUCCAUUAUGACUGUCUCGUCUCUUGAUUCAAAGUGCAACUCUUACAUCUCCAGCAAUGCCCUCAAGAAACCCAAACUCAGAAAAGAUAAUUGAUUUUGUCGUAAACCAAGGUAAUGGAAUAAAGGGUCUAGUUGAUGCUGGCAUCGAAAGCGUUCCUGAGCUAUAUAUCCUACCUAUUGAAGACAGAUUCGACGCUAGCAGAGUAGUUCCUGAAGAGCCCAUUCCAGUUAUCGAUGUUUCCAAUUGGGAUGACUCGAAGGUUAUAGAAUCAAUCUGUCAAGCAGCGAGCAAGUGGGGUUUCUUUCAGAUAAUUAACCAUGGAAUACCCUUGGAAGUUCUCAACUCUGUAAAGGAAGCGGCUCAUAGGUUCUUUGGGUUACCAAACGAAGAGAGAAAGAAGUAUUGGACAGGGAAUUCGCCUAGUGAUACAGUGGCUCUGAAAACAAGCUUUGUUCCUCAGGCAGAGGCCGUUCUUGAAUGGAAAGAUUAUCUCAGCUUUCGUUAUGUUCCAGGGGAUCAGGAAUCAUCUGCCUUGUGGCCUCCUGUAUGCAAGUAUCAAGUGGUGGAAUAUAUGAAGAGGGCAGAACCGGUCAUCAGGAAGCUGCUGGAUGUCCUAUUGAAGGGACUCAAGGUGAAAGAGAUUGACAAAGCUAGAGAAUACACCUCAAUGGCUUCACCAAUAGUCAACCUUAAUUACUAUCCACGUUGCCCAAAACCCGACCUCACAGCAGGAGUACUCCCUCACUCUGAUAUAUCGACAAUUACCGUUCUCCUCCAAGAUGAUAAUGGUGGCCUUUACGUACGAGCAAGCGAUGAUGAUAGCUGGAUUCAUGUUCCACCAAUUGAUGGGGCACUUGUAAUCAACAUUGGAGACAUUCUUCAGAUAAUGAGCAAUGACAGAUACAAAAGCAUUGAACAUCGUGUGGUUGCCAAUGGAAGGAAGGACAGAGUUUCAGUGCCCAUUUUUGUGAAUCCAGGACCUGAUGCUGUUUUUGGUCCUCUGCCAGAAGUGCUAGAAAGCGGAGAGCAACCAUUAUACAAGGAAGUUAUCUUCUCUGAUUACUUCAAAUACUUUUUCAGCAAGAAGCAUGACGGAAAGAAAACGAUGGAUUUUGCCAAGAUAUGAUAAUCCUUCUCUGUUGCAUUACUCUUUCCUGUGGUUCCUUUUAUAAUAUAUAUAUAUAUAUAUAUAUAUAUAUGAGAUUAUAAAGAUUUAAAUCUGAUCACUGAAGCUAAAAAUCUAAUAAUACCAACAAACCAUGUGACUGUUGGCUUUCCUGUGCUUCCUUUUCCGACAUAAAAAUGAUUAAGAAAAUAA